AUGUCUCAAUAUGCUAAGUUCAUGAAGGAGAUACUCUCUAAGAAAAGGAGGUUGAGUGAAGAGAAUGAUAUCGUUGAGCUGAUUGAGGAGUGUAGCUCUAUUCUGCAAAGGAAGCUUCCACCCAAACGAAAGGAUCCAGGUAGUUUCACUCUACCUGUUAAUUUUGGGGCGUCAAAGGAAGUGAGAGCCUUAUGCGAUUUAGGGUCAAGCGUCAACUUAAUGCCUCUAUCAAUGUUUGAGCGACUUAAUGUUGGAGAGCUGAAGCCAACAAUGAUGAUGCUUCAACUAGCGGACCGCUCCAUAGUGACUCCAUGGGGGGUUGUAGAAGAUGUGCUACUAAGAGUAGGAGAGUUCGAGUUCCCGGUGGACUUCGUGAUAAUUGAUAUGGAUGAGGACUCUAAAAUACCGUUGUUUCUGGGAAGACCGUUCCUAGCCACUUCACAAGCGAAAAUAAAUGUGGGAAAAGGAACAAUAUCUUUAAGGGUAGCUGAUGAAAAAAUCACUUUCACCAUAUUUGACCUGAAGCCAAAGCCAGUUGAGAAGAAUGAUGCAUUCUUGGUGGCGAUGAUGGACAAGUGGAGUGAUGAGAAGUUGAAACAGUUCUUCUUCACAGAAAAAUCGAGAGCAAUUAUUAAGAAGAAGGAGAACCCAAAGAGAAAUCAAGUUGAACCAGUCCUUCAUACAAGCGUGGUUGUUAAUUCAGACCAGAAGGAGAAGAACCAAAGAAAUCAAGCUGAACCAGUUCAUUUUGAAAGCGUUGUGGCCAACAUGGAGCGGAAAGAGGAGUAA